GAGUUUAAAUGCACAUGGUACCCCAGGAAACAAUUGUCUUACAGUUCCAUGAGAUGGAGGGUCAAUGUGGGUUCUUCUGGAGGACUUUAAGCAAGUAUUUUGGCCCCACUGUUUGAGCAGAAGAAGGUGCAAGUGAAAGCUUCAUUUAUCUUAGCCAGGCUGGGCCAUGGCGACUCUUUCGGUUUUCCUUGAUGUUCCAUUAGCCAAAGCAGCAGACGUUCCCUUGGAUGCGUACAGAGCAGAUCCUUCACCCCAAAAGGUGUGCCUUGGCCAUGCAGGCUGCCAGACAGAUCUGGAGGAAGUUUGGAUCCCACCGGUGGUAAAACGAAUCCUGCUUCAAAUUCCUGAGGAUCCAACCCUGAACCACGAAUACCUCCCGCAGCUCGGAAUUUUGGAAUUCACCCGAGCAGCCAUGGAGCUAGCUAUCGGCAAGGACAGCCACGCUCUCCUAGACAACAGGGCAUGUGGUGUUCAGACAAAUGGUGGAACCGGAGCCUUGUGGAUUGGAGCUGAAUUUCUGCACCAUUGGUACAAACCCAGCUACUGCACAGCUCCAGCAACUGUUUUGAUCGCCGCACCCCACUUAGACAAUCUUGGUUGCAUAUUCCAAGUUGCUGGCUUUUCAGACAUCCGUUCUUACCACUACUGGGAUCCCAUCAAAUUGACUGUCGACACAGAAGGGUUCCUGGAGGAGCUGCAGGGUGCACCAGAAGGCUCCAUCGUGUUCCUGCAUGCUCCUGAGGAAACUGGCCUGACACCCAAGCAGUGGGAAGAAGUUGCAGCAGUGAUGGAGAAAAAGCACCUCUUCCCCUUUUUCGACAUCGCAGCUCAAGGACUGGCUUCAGGAAACUUGGACAAGGAUGCCUGGGCAGUGCGGCAUUUUGUAGCAAAGGGAUUUGAGCUUCUGUGUGCUCAGUCUUUUUCCAAAAUGUUUGGCCUAUACGAGGAGCGGGUUGGAAAUCUCAUUGUGGUGACGAAAAACAACCAGACACUGAUCAGAAUCCAAUCCCAGCUGUCCAAGCAAAUAUGCAUGACGUGGUUUAGCCCCACCAGCUUGGGGGCAAGGGUCAUCGCAAUGGUGCUGACCAGCCCUGCACUGCUGUACGAGUGGAAACAGAGUCUGCUGAAACUAGUAAAGAGAAUUAUGCUGAUUAGAGAAAAACUGAAGGAAAAGCUGCGUAUCCUGGGGACACCGGGUUCCUGGGAACAUAUCACAGCCCAGUCAGGAGUCAAUAGCUUUGUCGGGCUCCUCCCUUCCCAAGUGGAUUUCCUGGCGCAGCACAAACAUAUCUACCUCCUUGCAAACAAGCAGAUCAACAUCUGCAGCAUUAAUUCAAAGAACCUGGACUAUGUCGCACGGAGCAUCCAUGAAGCAAUUGUGACCACGAUCCCUCAAAUCCAAAGUGAGCUCAUGGAGAGUUCGAGUGAGAGCCAUGAACCUUCAAGAGAGUCCACCUGAAUGAUUUUUUAAUAGGUGCAAUAAAACUUUGUUUUGCAAAGCCUCUGUAUAAGAUUAGAUCAAAGGUUUUUGUUUGGACUUCAAGCCAUGAAUAAUUUCUAAAAACAUAAUCUCCCAUUCCGGAUGCAAAAUGUCAAGUUUACUACCCAGCCACCGUUGAUCAUUAAAACAAUCUGUCAUGCUUUACUACAAAGACAUCAAAAGCCACCUUUUCAGUUAUGUAUUUGUUAGCUAAUUUAAACAACAAAACCCCUUUUCUUGAUUUGAUUGCUUUGCAUCACUUUCAAACUACAAGUGAUAAUUGCUGCACAUAGAAAACAACA